AUGACAAGUUGCUUUGAAUUCAAUUCAGGGAAGCAGCUCUGCAAUGCUCCUCCUACUUUUACCAAUCACGGUACUAGACAAGAUGAGUCAUUCGUGUCAAUUAUAAGCAAUACUAAUAACAAAGAAGAUGACGAUCACCAGGAAAAUAAUAUGAAAAAGGAUGAGACACUGGAUGCCAUGCUGUCUCAGGCAUUCAAUCGACUCACAUUCCAGGAACGACAAGAGCAACAAGACCUUCUCCAUGGUGUGGAUGGCACACUUCCGGAAGAUAAAGACUUUGUGGAAAUCGCUCUUCAGGAAUUAGACAACCACCUGAUACGCAUUAAACAUGGAAGUGUGUAUGAGACUGCGGAAAAGAUGGACCCAAAGUAUGCUGGUUCCAGAGCCUUUCGGAUUAUGUUUUUGAGAGGAAAUCGAUAUGAUGCUAAAGCUGCAGCGGACCAGACGCUGCGAUUCUUUGCACAGAAACAAAAGUUAUUCGGAACAGAAAAAUUGGUAAAAGAGAUCACGAUUGACGAUUUAGACGAGGAUGAUCGAGCUUGCUUGCGAACAGGAUGCAUUCAAAUUGCUGGAAAAGACAGAUCCGAUAGACACAUCAUUUUGCAGGUUCCAGGUCUGAGAUCCUUCAAAAUUUUACAGAACGAAUUGCGUGUGCGCUACUACAUUUUCAUGAGAGUUUUGGAGGGAGAGGUAGCACAGAAGCGUGGUGCCAUUUAUUUGACUUAUAUUGUAGGUCAUUUCAGGGACAAGAGAGAGGGUGGUGGUUAUUUGGAGAAUCACAAUUUGAGCAUGGCUCUCCCGCUUUAUCCCGCAGCCUUUCAUGUUUGCACGGACGAUUUUGCGCAGGGUGUUCUUGGCAACUUGGUAGUCCGAGCCAUGCCAGCCCAAGCUCGCGCCCGUUUUCGAUUACACUUUGGUACACAUCUAGAGUGCAAAUAUCACUUGUCGACCUAUGGCAUUCCCGGCGAGCUCCUCCCUCUUUCAGCAGAGACCAACGAAAUGGAUUUGGAACCACAUCUUCGAUGGUGCCGUUCCUGUUUCACAAAAACUGACAGAACCGAAUUAGAUCAUCAGGAUGACGAGCCAAAAACGAAUAAUCAUCAUUCCUCAUCUCCUGCCCAUGGUGGACUAAUCACAGUACCCAAUCCAAACGAUGUCCUCUUUAUGGGAUCCAAGAGGAGAGACAAUGUUGGCAACGAACGUCUUCGAAAACUGGUGAAAGAUGCGGCAAAAUUAUAUGCUUCAGGCUCGAAUGAAGACAAGAGACGUUUGGUCGACGGCAUAAUUGGUGAUAUACACGAGUCGGGGGGACUCUUUCUGAAGCAAGUCCAAAAGGGAAAUGAACGCUGGGAAGAAAUAUCGUUAGCAAAGGUACGAGAAAAGAUUACACAACGCUUUCGCAACCACAAUCGUCGGCGAGAAUCCGUCUUUCAGUUAGUCCGCGGGGGGACUCGGAUCUCGGAUGUUCCACUGCCCAAGGAUGUGGUAUUGGGGCGAGCCCAAAAGAGUCAGGGCAAUGAAUUAUUGCAUGGUCUCAUUAAAGAUCGAUCGGAGGAUUAUGAUUCAUUGAAUCGUGGCAUGAAGGUGAUUGUGGUGGAUGCUAUCAUUGAGCGAAUCAAGAGCGAGGGCGGUAGAUUUCUGCAACCAACCCCGGACCUGGAUGGAUAUGUCGAGCUCUCUGUGGAUUCGACUAGGGAUCGAGUGUCCACCUACUUUCGCAACUAUCGGCGGCCUUCCAGGAAAGUGCAGGUCGGCAAGUAA